GGUACAAAUAAUCCCAUGUUCCUCAGCAGUGUGGCUUUCUUCCAAGACUCCCACAUUAACCAGCACACACAGGUCAAGCUCUCUGUGUAUGAUGUUAAAGAUCGCUCGCAAGGAACGAUGUACCUUCUUGGCUCAGCGAUGUUUCCAGUGAAGAGUCUUCUGCUAGAAAAAAACCACAGACUAAACUUACCUCUCAGGUCAGCAGAAAACAAGGAUGUGGGUAGUAUCACAGUCAUUGCCUGGCAGCUAGAGGAGAAGAGAGAUCAGCAUACCCCAAUCAAACAACUACAUGAUACCAUCAAUGGCAGGACUGUCCUCUCUGUGGAUGAGAGUCUGACAGAAUCCGUGGGAGUCCGAGUAAAAUACGCCUCACUGUGGAAAGACUCCUUUCUACGAUCUGUGUUUGGUGGGACCAUGUCGCGAAUGUACCGUUUUCCGACCACUGAUGGGAUUCAUUUACGGAUCCUGGAACAGAUGGCUGAGAGUGUCCUGUCACUUAACAUCCCACGACAGUUUGUCAAACUCUUACUAGAAGAGGAUUCCUCCAGGGUUUCUGAGCUGGAAGAGUUGGGGGAGUUAUCACCGUGUUGGGAGAACCUCAGAAGGCAAAUCGUGACACAGUACCAGAGCAUCCUUCAGACCUAUCAGGAUACACUCACAGACCUGCAGGACUACAAAGGUCCAUCAUUUAAAGCCAGUAAUCUGAAAGCAGAGAGAAAAUUGGAAUUUAUGCCUACCAACCUCCAUGUGCAGAGAAUGAGGGUUCAGGAUGAGUCUGGCUGUGAUCACACCUAUGAUGUGGUCACGAUCGGGGCCCCUGCAGCUCACUGCCAGGGCUUCAAAAACGGUGGUUUGCGCAAACUAUUACAGAAAUUUGAAGAAGCAAAAAAAGUCAUUUAUGAGGAGGAAUGCAGCAGUGCUCUGUCCAGCUCCCAGUCCAUCGUCUACAUCCCUCAGGAUAUUGUCCAUGCCAAAGAGAUCAUCUCUCAUAUCAACACGCUCAAGACUCAAGUCAGCUACUACGCUGAGCGCCUGUCUCGUGCCGCUAAAGAGCGCUCCGCUAACGGCAUGGAGAGAACCCUCGCCAUCCUAGCAGAUAAGACACGACAGCUGGUGAUGGUGUGUGACUGUAAACUGCUGGCGUCUGCAGUGCAGGCCUUGAACGCAGCCAGACCCGAGUACAUCGCCUCUAAAAACUCACCCUCCGCUGAUUUGGAGCAGGUGGUGCUGAGGAAUGAUCAGGACACACUACUGGCCAAAUUUAGUGGAAGGAGCAGUCGUUCAUCCCUCCAAGUUGAUUGGCAUGAGGAAGAGUGGGAAAAGGUGUGGGGUAAUGUUGACAAAAGUCUAGAGUGUAUCAUCCAGCGAGUGGAUAAACUGCUGCAGAGAGAGCGUCUGCACAGCAGCAGCAGUGAGGACAUGUUCCAGACUGACCUGCAAAGUGGCACCAGUAAGAAAGGUAAUGGGAAAACAAAAGCCUUCUGGAUCAACCCUGUCUGCAUGGAGGAGCCUUUCUCGAUCCCUGAACCGCAACAGCAGUCACCUUCACUAUCGUCACCUUCAUCUUCACCACCCGAUCUGAACCCUGCAUGUCCUGUUAAUGCAGAAACGCAUGCAUAUGGCAGCAGCAGCAAUGGAGAGGAGAGUUACCCAGGUGAGUGGAGCGAGGCUCUGUAUCCCCUCUUGACGACCCUAACUGAGUGUGUGGCCAUGAUGAGUGACAAAGCCAAGAAGUCGAUGGUUUUCUUGCUCAUGCAAGACAGCGCACCCACCAUCGCAAUGGACCUCAACCUGCAGUUCCGCAGAGACGUGGUCUUCUGCCAGACACUCACAGCACUAAUUUGUGGCUUCAUCAUCAAACUGAGAAACUGUCUCCGUGAUGAUGGUUUCCUAAGACAGCUGUACACUAUCGGUCUGCUUGCUCAGUUCGAGUGCCUAUUAAGUACUUACGGAGAGGAGUUAGCCAUGUUAGAGGACAUGAACAUAGGAAUAAUGGACCUUCGGAAUGUGACAUUCAAGGUGACACAGGCCAUCUCUACCUCUUCCCCCGACAUGCUGCCUGUGAUCACUGGAAACCGAGAUGGGUUCAAUGUUCGCAUCCCGCUCCCGGGAAGCAUGUUUGAUGCAUUGCCAAGGGAGAUCCAGAACGGCAUGCUGCUGCGGGUACAGCCGGUGCUGUUCAACGUGGGCAUCAACGAGCAGCAAACGCUCGCCGAGAAGUUUGGAGACACGUCGCUUCAGGAGCUCAUCAACGUGGAGAGCCUGGCACGUCUUAGUUCUUACUACCAGCAGUUCAAAGAGGUUUUACCUGACGACUGUCUUCCUCGCUCACGUAGUCAGACGUGUCUCCCAGAGCUGUUGCGGUUCCUUGGUCAAAAUGUUCAUGCUAGGAAAAAUAAAAAUGUAGACAUCUUGUGGCAGGCUGCAGAGAUUUGUCGGCGCCUGAAUGGAGUGCGUUUUACCAGCUGUAAAAGCGCCAAAGACCGCACUGCCAUGUCAGUGACUUUGGAGCAGUGUCUGAUCCUGCAGCACGAGCAUGGCAUGGCCCCGCAGGUCUUCACCCAGGCCCUCGACUGCAUGCGCAGCAUUGGGACCAGGGAGGGGGUAACUCAGAAGAACCUGAGCGGCUUAUUGCCCAUACGUGACUUCAGGCUGGACCCCAGUCUCCUCUACUCUCUGCCCCUUCUGGCCCUGAGCCCAAACCUGCUCAUCGUCUGGGUGUUCCUCAGCAUAGCCUACCUGCUGGCCAAACUCCGCUGCAGCUGAGCCCUGAGACCCCCUUUAUCCAUUUUGCUUUCUAUCUCUCCCUCGCUUUGGCUGUCUCAGCACUUCCUUUCUCUGUUUUUCUGUUUCUUCCUCCUCUGGGUGAGGAGCUGUGUGCAGACAAUGCUGAGUUCUUUCUGGUUGAUUCAGCUCUUCUAACAGCCAUUCUAAAGGUCUUGGUAUUCAUUUCUGCCUUACCUCUCUCUCUCUCUCUCUCUCUCUCUCUCUCUCUCUCUCUCUCUCUCCUUAAGUAAUCAUGGAUGAGAAAAGUUUGUACAAUAAUUUGUGACAUAUUAUAAAUAUUUUGAUUAUUUUAAAGGGUAUGGUGAAAAUAGAUAUGCAUAUAUAUUUAAGAUAUUGGUUUAUUUAUUCAAUGCUAAUUAUUCUUAUAAUAUUGAACUGUUUUAUUUGUGUUAUUAUAACAAACUAUUUUUAGGCAUAUUCACAUAGUGUGCUAGUGGUUAAUUCAAUAUGUAUAUAAUAGAGUGCAUUAGUGCCUGCACCCUUUUUCAGCUGUGUUUGUUCUGGAAGGUUUUUUUUUUUUUUUUUCACUCCAUUUUUUUUCCAUAGGGAUUUUUAUUAUUAUUAUCAUUAUUAUUAUUAUUUUGUAAUUUUUUGUUAAAAUGUUAUAAGCCAUGUACCAAAUGAAACAGCUAAAAGGUGAAUCACAACACCAUAAACAUAAAAUUGGAAAAAUAUGUAUUCUGAAAUUGGAAAAAAAUAUGAAGGUUCAAAACUGUAUGCUUAACAGAUUUAGUUUGGGAAAGAACUACAAUCCCAUUAAGCAUUGCAAAUGACUAUCACUAUAAAAACUAAAUUGCUUGCCACCAAUUUUUGUACAGAAUCAAUGGCAUUACAGUUUUCCCAAUGAAUUCAGCUGUUGCGGUCUUGUUUUUUUUUUUUUUUUAUAUAUGAACAGAUGGCUUCUGCAAAAGUAUAUAUCAUUUGAUCUUGAAACUCACAGUAUUUCUGUCUUUAAAGGGUUAUAAGUCAUCAUUAAAAAUAAAUUUCCCGAUGGAGAAAAUGAAACUAUUUUUACUUCCAGAACCUGACCGUUGCACUCUAUAAUGAGAUAUUGUUAUUCUGUAACAGUACCAUGGAAUUUUCUAGUGAUUUUUGUGAUCGAUUUUGUUGCGUCUUCCAUGUGUCUAAAUGCAAAGCUAAGGCCUUGCCAAAGCUAAUCUCAACUAUCAUUGCACUUGCUUUAAAAAUAUAAUGCACUUUAGGGUGUUAAGUGUGUUCAUGUCUUCCCAUGUUUAGCUGGAAGAACACAUGUUGCUCUUUUACCAAGAUUGGUCUGCACUAACCUGUUUGCAGCCUUUCCAAUGACACCAUUCAAAUUGGCCAAAUAAGAUUGUAUUUUUAGUCAGGGAUAUCGAAAUAUGCAUUUGAUAAUUACUCUUCAUUGAGAUUUUGUUUCAUGUCUAUAAAGAGGUUUCCACUGUCAGCUGACAAGGAAGUACUUGGCAAUAGGUUUAAUGGGUAUUUUGUGUAAAGAAAUGUUCCAGGUUCAACACAAGAUCACAUCACAUCUAAAGCAUCCAAACGAUUACAAAAUCAUUUCGAUUUGUCUCUCAAUUUUUUAAAACAAACAACCUUAUUUACAUUAAUGCACUAACAGUGAAAGUCUAUGGAGUAAAAUGUAAAAAUGUGAAAGUACAACCAUGUACAGCUUUCAUUCUAAGUGCAUCACUGCAGAUUUCUCUGUUUAACGAUCUGCUAGAUUGCAUUGGUUGAAUUCUUGCUUUCUCAAAUCUGGAACAGUCUUUUAAGGUGUAUCUGUUUAGAUACCAAGACUAUCCACAUGUUGCUUUAAGUAAAGGCACUUAUGCAGUAAUGAUGAACAGAAUGUAUGUUCUUUUACCAAAACGAAUCACUUUAUUUCCUAACCAUUGCAUACAGGCUGCAAAUCAUCAGACUUCUUCCCUUUCUUUAUAUGUAAAAAUAUAUUUAAUAUGUAAAGGUUUACCAUAAUGAUGGGAAAUUAGAUAAUUUGACCGGACUCGGUUUAAUUGUGCUUCCGUUUGUGCCAAAUUAGAAAUGGCCUCUCUGUGCUUUGUAAAAAUGUCUGGCCACAUUCAACGGCCAGUACAUCUGCUGUUUACAAGUUAUCACUGCUUGAUCUUACAUGCUCUGAAAUGCUGCCCAAUACAAGAACUUUAUGUAUUAAAAAAAUAACCCUCACCAGGCUACAGAAAAGUGUGCAUUUCAACUGACCCACUAAAGAAAACGACUGUCUCAAAAUAUCUCCAUUCAUUUAUUUAUAAUGAUGUUGCAAUUCUGAGAGUCUGUUUUUGCUAAGUUUGCUUUAAAAUGUCAGAGAUGUGCCUAGUCUUUUCCCUGUAUGUUUUAAAUCAUGAUGGAUAAUGUUUCUAGCUGUUUUCUGAGAUUACAUCUUAUACAGCAAGUUUGAGAAAGGUUUUGGUGACCUAGGUUAGAUAGAGACAGUCUCAGUUUAGCUGGAUGUCAUUGCUCGGUUUAAAUGAAUAGAAUUUAAAGAUUGAUCUCAGUUUAAGUAUGAUUGUUUUACAUUUUGAGCCUUGGUUUUAGGUAAGGCUGCAUUAUGAGGAAAAUUCAAAUAUUAUUAUGAGUAUUUCCCAUGAUAUUGUUAUCUGUUAUGAAUUUCACUUGAUAAAAUGUAUUUUAAAACAGAAAUACUGGUUAUUACAGAAUAAAUGUGACUGAUUCACACAACAUACAUGUUUGUGAUUGGUUACAAUGUUCAAUCGAAAAAAAAAAAAACUUUCUAAAACAAUGUUGUACUAGAUGCUUUUCUUGAUUUAUUUGUGAAUAAAGGUUUUUAGGUUAAUUAUGCAGCCCUAGUUUUAGAGAGAAGUUUCUUAGUUUUAAUUGAUGGACUAUGUUGGUGAAUGUUUUGAGAAAUAAAUAAAUAUCUUGAAAUAGGGAAUAGUUUUGCGGAUGGUUAGGUUUGGUCUUUUGUUUUUAUUCAACUUUAAUUCUCAGAAAAAUAGAAUCCUAUUUUAGAAAGUUUAUAUACAAUAUGGAGUGUUGUUUUUAUGCUUCUUACAGCAUUUAUAAAUGCAAAAAGGAGAAUUAUGUGAUCAUUUAUGCACCUUAGUGUGUUUCUUUAUGCAGUGGAAUUUAAAAGAUAAUUUUAGCAGAGUCUCCAAGCUACUAUUUUCCAUACAGUUUUUUCAUAUGACUCUUCAGCAUGAACAUUCUUUAGAAUUUCGCCUUUUGUGUUUCAUGAAAGAAAGUCAGUCGUAUGGGUUUGGAACGACAUGAGAAGGACAGAUUGCACGCUUUCAUUUCUAAUUGAUCAGUUUGGUAAACAAAAGCCUACUCCUGUAAAUCUUUCCAGAACAUGCAAACUGACAUCAUUUACAUUUACAUUAUUACAGCUGUAUUACUAAAUAUGUUUAAUUGAAUUACUUGAUUGUUGUUAUUUGGAUAUUACGAAGAUAUUUAGGUGAAAUCACAUUUUUGAAAGUAUAUCUUUUAUAUGUAAAAAAAAAAAAAACAUGCAAAAGUUGGACUAGGAUUAUUUACCAUAUACAGUUGUUUACCAUACCAUAAUAAACAACCAAUGUAGCCUUCUGAUCUUAAUGAUUUAUGUAAAUUUCCGUCAGAUUUUAUCAGAGCAUUAACUGCCUGUGUGCUACCAUUUUGGUUACUUUAGUGAACUUUUAGUGACCCACUUCUCUUAUGCCCAGAGGGAUGUUACAUUAUCAUUUUCAACUCAUGUUAACUGUAUUGUAACUUGGUUUGUUUGUUUAUUCAGCCUUUUUUUAUGUUGAUGACUUGCUUUUUUUGCACCCUCAUUCUGUGUUCACCCAAAAUACUCAUGCUCAUAACACUGUUGAAAUGUCUGCUGCCGUUUUUUUUGUGGCUGUGCUAAUUUUUGCUCGUAAUUUUUCUAAACAUGGCUUCAUGUUCUGUUUGUUUUCUGCUUGUUUCCACACAUUCAAUCCCGCCCCUUUCUCCUGCCAGUGAGGGCUGCCGCCGCGAGAAUACCAUGAAGAACGUUGGAUGUCGCAAGUAUGCCUUUAACUGUCUGCAGCUGAAGGCCUUUCCUAAACAUUACAGACCUCCCGAUGGCACUUUCGGAAAAGUGGAUACUUGAUGACUCUUGGUUAGCUAUAAGACAGUUGGAUCAUUAAUUAUGAUGUUACACAAGUCCUGCACAUUCUUCUCUUUUUCAAACUAAGCUACAGUAAAUCCGCUUAACGCAUAGGAUAUUUCAAUUUCCACCGAUAGUUACUGCACAUUUGCAUCUCAAGCGUGAGUUAGAAUUGAAAAGGUUGACUGCAUUGAUUUGUAUUAGUAGUUGCAGACUGACCAGUUCUUUCAUAAGCCCAAUAUCACCACACAUAUACACACAUGCAAUGCUGUAUUUUAUCUUCUUGGCUCUAUAUAAUGCGCAAUGAAGGGUUUAGUCAUUUUGGCUAGAUAUUUCGGAAUCUUGGACUUUUAUGCAUAGUGGGGAGUUUAGACAUUUAUGCUGUAUUUCAUAUUGUAUACUUGACCAUCAAUAGCAAACUGUAGUUUAAGCAACACUUACUGCAGCAUUACAGUAUUCAGUGUCAUGGCUUAGAGUUGUCACCUGACUCUUCUUGCCUUGUUUAUCCCUCUCCUGUGGUGUUUGUACACUGAUGCUCCACCAUUUUCAAGUUUCAUUUUCCAUCCUCCCAUAGACCCGCAGGAGAACGGUUGAAAAAUAAACCAGCCAUUUUUUUAGGUUAGCGUUGUGUUUUAUUCUUUUUUUUUUUAACCUCAUACAUCCAGAUUGAUCAUGCAUGUCCAUCCUCUCAGUUGCUUUAACUUUGAGGGUGUCCUUUAUGAAUACAAAGCCCUCUUCAAGUAAGAAGAAUGAACUUCUGGCACGUUUCUUCUGUGGAGCGUAGAAAAUGUUAAAGGCGGUGUGAGAUCAGUGUAUCACUGUGUUCAGAUUCCAGCAACGACUCAUAGGUGAUGCUGUUUUUUUGUGCUGUACUUGCUUUAACAGGAGGUACAUUCAUACAUGGAAUAUAGGUACAUUGAGAGAGUACAGAAUAGUACUAGGCACUUGUGAAAUUGACUGUGCAAAUGUGAAUCUGUUACAGUUGUGCAAAUGUUUUGUUAAAAGUUAUUUUGCCAUACAUAUCACGGUUAUAAUUUCUCAUUUUUUAUAGCGAUGUUGUUUCAGUUACUGUAUGUUUAUACAAUGUUAUUUAGGAGAGAUAUGUUCACGGAUUUUUGGAUUGAUCUUGAUUUGUAUUUAUUUCUUUUUACGGUAAUAAUCUUAUAUCUUUUAUGAUGCCUUCUUAGAUAUGUCUGUCUAAAACAGAAUUCUGCUGUAUUAAAAUGCUGUCAUCAAUAACUGAUGCCAUUAAAGAGAAAAUAUAAUACUA